UGCUCGUCCGCCGUCUUCGGCCGCAAGUGCUGCGAUGACAUCCUCGCAGUGAGCCCGCGCGUCGUGGCCCCGGCCAUCCCCCUCGACAAUGCUCAGUUUGAUGCUUUGUCGAAACCGAUCCAUUACCCUGAACGAAUAUUCACGUUCGAAGCCUCCGACUCUGACGACGAGCUGCGUUUGCGCAUACAACAGGAUAAAGAGGAGGUGGAAUGCCAUUACGAGGAGAAGAAUGAGAACCUGGCACCGGCCAAGUGUGACGUGGAGCUCGUGGAGACUGCCCUGAGGGAGACCACGAUCCGGGAGACCAGGAUCGAUGACGUCACGCCGCAGCGGGCCGAGUACAUCCACACGCUGGAAGCGCAGAGCAGCAUUGAUAGCGAUGUCAUCGCACAUAAUGACACGUCACUGCUCUGCGGCGAGGCUGGCGGCGGCCCGUCCGAGCGCGGGCUGGUGGAGCUUACCCUGCUAUACGACGCGCCCGUGCGGACCAUGACGGUGCAUAUGCUUCAAGCACGUGGCUUGCCUCCAAGGACCACGGGGCAGAUGCUGCAGACACAGGUUCGGAUAGUCUUAUUGCCGCUAAAGAAGCAGAAAUUCAAAUCCAAAAUUCGUAAUGGUGAAAACCCGCAAUACAUGGAAAGCUUCGUGCUGCAUAAAAUCAAUCCAGAGGAUGUCCACGGCUUGGGACUCCGCAUCCGCAUUUACGGAUGCGAGCGGAUGCGGAGGCAGCGACUCGUGGGCGAGGCGGCCGUCAGCUUCGCGGCGCUUAACUUCGAGCUCGAGAACAGUCUUUGGCUGCAGCUGAUGCCACGGCAGCACCACCACGGCGCGGGCGGCGAAGCGUGCAGCCUGGCGCGCUCGGACUCCGCCUCGUCGUGCUGCAGCACGCGCUCGGCGCCCGAGCUGCUACUGGGGCUCCAGUAUAGCCCCACCACUGGCCACUUGUCUGUCGAGAUAAUAAAAGGCACGCACUUCCGCAAACUGUCGCCCAACAAGGCACCAGAUACGUACGUGAAGCUCUGCCUCAUCAGUUCCCUGGGCAUGGAGAUGGGCCGCUGCAAGUCCACCACGCGCCGAGCGCACUCCAACCCGCUUUAUAAGGAGCUCUUUAUAUUCCAGGUGGCUCUGUUCCAACUGACGGAGGUGACGCUGAUGGUGUCGGUGUGGUGGCGGCGCAGCGUCAAGCGCAACGAGAUGGUGGGCUGGUUCUCGCUGGGCCACAGCCCCUCGGGCCGCGAGGAGCAGCGCCACUGGCAGGAGCUGUGCGAGCGCCAGGGCGAGCAGGUCAGUGGCAGGGGACUGAGAGAGCGUCAAGCCAACGAGAUGGUGGGCUGGUUCUCGCUGGGCCACAGCCCCUCGGGCCGCGAGGAGCAGCGCCACUGGCAGGAGCUGUGCGAGCGCCAGGGCGAGCAGGUCAGUGGCAGGGGACUGAGAGAGCGUCAAGCCAACGAGAUGGUGGGCUGGUUCUCGCUGGGCCACAGCCCCUCGGGCCGCGAGGAGCAGCGCCACUGGCAGGAGCUGUGCGAGCGCCAGGGCGAGCAGGUCAGUGGCAGGGGACUGAGAGAGCGUCAAGCCAACGAGAUGGUGGGCUGGUUCUCGCUGGGCCACAGCCCCUCGGGCCGCGAGGAGCAGCGCCACUGGCAGGAGCUGUGCGAGCGCCAGGGCGAGCAGGUCAGUGGCAGGGGACUGAGAGAGCGUCAAGCCAACGAGAUGGUGGGCUGGUUCUCGCUGGGCCACAGCCCCUCGGGCCGCGAGGAGCAGCGCCACUGGCAGGAGCUGUGCGAGCGCCAGGGCGAGCAGGUCAGUGGCAGGGGACUGAGAGAGCGUCAAGCCAACGAGAUGGUGGGCUGGUUCUCGCUGGGCCACAGCCCCUCGGGCCGCGAGGAGCAGCGCCACUGGCAGGAGCUGUGCGAGCGCCAGGGCGAGCAGGUCAGUGGCAGGGGACUGAGAGAGCGUCAAGCCAACGAGAUGGUGGGCUGGUUCUCGCUGGGCCACAGCCCCUCGGGCCGCGAGGAGCAGCGCCACUGGCAGGAGCUGUGCGAGCGCCAGGGCGAGCAGGUCAGUGGCAGGGGACUGAGAGAGCGUCAAGCCAACGAGAUGGUGGGCUGGUUCUCGCUGGGCCACAGCCCCUCGGGCCGCGAGGAGCAGCGCCACUGGCAGGAGCUGUGCGAGCGCCAGGGCGAGCAGGUCAGUGGCAGGGGACUGAGAGAGCGUCAAGCCAACGAGAUGGUGGGCUGGUUCUCGCUGGGCCACAGCCCCUCGGGCCGCGAGGAGCAGCGCCACUGGCAGGAGCUGUGCGAGCGCCAGGGCGAGCAGGUCAGUGGCAGGGGACUGAGAGAGCGUCAAGCCAACGAGAUGGUGGGCUGGUUCUCGCUGGGCCACAGCCCCUCGGGCCGCGAGGAGCAGCGCCACUGGCAGGAGCUGUGCGAGCGCCAGGGCGAGCAGGUCAGUGGCAGGGGACUGAGAGAGCGUCAAGCCAACGAGAUGGUGGGCUGGUUCUCGCUGGGCCACAGCCCCUCGGGCCGCGAGGAGCAGCGCCACUGGCAGGAGCUGUGCGAGCGCCAGGGCGAGCAGGUCAGUGGCAGGGGACUGAGAGAGCGUCAAGCCAACGAGAUGGUGGGCUGGUUCUCGCUGGGCCACAGCCCCUCGGGCCGCGAGGAGCAGCGCCACUGGCAGGAGCUGUGCGAGCGCCAGGGCGAGCAGGUCAGUGGCAGGGGACUGAGAGAGCGUCAAGCCAACGAGAUGGUGGGCUGGUUCUCGCUGGGCCACAGCCCCUCGGGCCGCGAGGAGCAGCGCCACUGGCAGGAGCUGUGCGAGCGCCAGGGCGAGCAGGUCAGUGGCAGGGGACUGAGAGAGCGUCAAGCCAACGAGAUGGUGGGCUGGUUCUCGCUGGGCCACAGCCCCUCGGGCCGCGAGGAGCAGCGCCACUGGCAGGAGCUGUGCGAGCGCCAGGGCGAGCAGGUGCAACGUUGGCACGUGCUCCUGGACUCCUGACGGUCGCUGACCUAGCGCGAGGACGAAGCGCUGGUCUGAGCUACUCUUGUCGC